AUGAAUAAAACAAAUUCAACUAUAUGUUUCUCACCACUUAAUACUAAUGAGAAUAGUGAUAAUAAUAGUAGAGAUAAUAAUAAAAAUGAUAAUAAAGUCAAUAAUAAUGGUGAUGAUGAUGAAAAUGAUGAAAAUAAUCAGUCACCAGAUCUUCCAUCAAAUAAUGAAAUUGCAUACAGUUAUUUUAAUUUAGGUAAAUGUUAUUAUGGUGGUAUCGGAAUUGAUAAAAUCCUUGAGGAAGCAAUUUUUUUGUUUAAAAGAAAGCAGUUUAAAGAAAGCUUAAAUGAUAAUGGAACAGAAUAA